AUGGCUGCCACCGAUUACAAGUUUGAGGGUUGGAUGGGUCUCGAGCCCAAGGCUGCCGAAGGCCACAUGGUCUGGCAGGAGUUCGAGCCCAAGCCCUGGGAGGAGACCGACGUUGACAUUAAGAUCACCCACUGCGGUAUCUGCGGUUCUGACAUGCACACCCUGAGAAGCGGAUGGGGCCCCACGAACUACCCCUGCUGUGUUGGUCACGAGAUUGUCGGUAUUGCCGUUCGCGUCGGCUCCAAGGUCGAGGGCAUCAAGGUUGGUGACCGUGUUGGUGUCGGUGCCCAGAGCGAGUCUUGCAUGGGCCGCAACGGCGACUGUGAGGCUUGCGCCUCCGGCCUCGAGCAAUACUGCCCCAAGUCUAUGGUUGGCACAUACAACGGCGUGUACGCCAACGGUGGCAAGUCGUACGGUGGUUAUGCUCGCUACAACCGUUCGCCUUCCCGCUUCGUCGUCAAGAUCCCCGAUGCCAUUCCCUCCGCUGAAGCCGCUCCCAUGCUUUGCGGUGGUAUCACCACCUACUCUCCCCUGAAGCACUUCGGCUGCGGUCCCGGCAAGCGUGUCGGAAUCAUCGGUGUUGGUGGUCUUGGCCACUUCGGUAUCAUGUUCGCCAAGGCUCUCGGUGCCGACAAGGUCAUCGCCAUCUCCCGCAAGGGCAAUAAGAGAGAGGACGCUCUGAAGCUCGGAGCUGAUGCUUACAUCGCUACCGACGAGGAUUCCGAGUGGGCCUCGAAAAACGCCCGCUCCCUCGACCUCAUCAUCUCCACCGUCUCCUCCUCCAAAAUGCCCAUCACCGAUUACGUCCAGCUUCUUGACCUCGACGGUGCGUUUGUUCAGCUCGGUGUUCCCGAGGACGGUGCUCUGGCCAUCCCCGCCCCCGCUCUGAUCUUCAAGCGCGUCAAGUUCAGCGGCUCCCUUAUUGGUUCUCCCAGCGAGAUCAGCGAGAUGCUCGCGUUGGCUGCAGAGAAGAACGUCCGCACCUGGAUCGAGGAGCGCCCCAUGAAGGACGCCAACGCUGCCGUCGUCGAUAUGAAUGCUGGCAAGGCCAGAUACCGUUACGUCCUCUGCAACGAGCAGUGA